GCAACUCACUCGGCGCAAUUCUCACUCGCACUCAAUACUGAGCGAUGAACACCGACUCUACCCAAGAUCGUCUCUACAAGGCUCUCUGUACUCUACCACCUAGCGCGGAGUAUAUGGACGCGUUUGCAGCGUUCGAUAACCCUCUCCAAAUAAUAUCCACUAACAUCGACGGGGCAAGAGCUAAUGCCAACGCUACGUUUGAAGAUCCCAUCGUUGAUUGGUUCGAGUCUGAUCCUCCAGAGGAAGGGACAUAUCGAGUCGAGGACCACGCAAUAGCUGUGGACGGUACGGAGAUCACAGCGCGCACCCUUGUACCUACCCCUCAUGGGGCCGAAGGUCGACAGAAGUAUCCACUUCUUGUUUUCAUGCACGGUGGAGGUUUUUUCGCCGGCAGUGUACGGAUGGAAGACCAUCGUCUGCGUCACCUGUGCGUCGAUCUAAAGAUGUCCAUUGUCAACGUAGAGUACAGACUUGCUCCCGAACACCAGUAUCCUGUCAACCUCAACGAUUGCUACGAAGCCCUCAAAUGGGCAGUAACAAACGCCGAGCUUCUUUGCGCAUCUCCACGCCAUGCAGGGUUGAUCGUCGGCGGAACCUCAGCAGGCGGAAAUCUCGCUGCAGCACUUACGCAGCGCGCCGUCAGUGAUCCAUUCUUCGUCAAGAAUGGCAUACAGAUCACUGGACAACUACUUUUCAUGCCCACAUUAUUACAUCCGGAUGUCCGCCCUGAAGAAUUCAAACCAUACCUGGAUUCUCGUCCCACUGAUCUGUACAGAGACGAAGCCAUUACCAACAUGGAUCUCAUUCACGGCUGUUAUGAUAUGCACCAGGGCCCUCCUGCCGAUCCUGAAGUCUCGCCCUUGCUCUUCCCCAACCGCACAUCUCUUCCUCCUCUGGUCAUAUUCGUCUCCGGUCUCGACCCGCUCUCCGAAGAGUGUCUGUUGUACGAACGUCUCCUGAGGCAGGCAGGAGUCUCCACCAAGGUAUUCGUGUACGCUGGAGUCCCUCAUGCGCACUUCUUAACGUUCCCGGGUCUGAAGGCCUCAGCAGAGCUGUUUGAAGACACCAAGAUUGGCAUCAGGUGGUUGUUGAGGCAGCAAGGCCUGUAUAUGAGGCAUGCUAUCGAUGCAGAGCAAUUCCAGUCUCAUCUCUAA